AUGUCCUCUCCAAAUCAUACCACAGUGACUGAAUUCAUUCUGCUGGGGCUCACCGACGAUGCAGUGCUGGAGAAGAUCCUGUUUGGGGUGUUUCUGGUUGUCUACCUAAUCACACUGGCAGGGAGUCUGUGCAUGAUUGUGCUGAUCAGGACAAGUUCACACCACCAUACUCCCAUGUAUUUCUUCCUGGGACACCUCUCCUUUGUAGACAUUUGCUAUUCUUCCAACAUUACUCCAAAUAUGCUGUACAAUUUCCUCUCAAACCAAAAGACUAUCUCCUAUGCUGGGUGCUUCACACAGUGUCUUCUCUUCAUUGCCCUGGUGAUCACUGAGUUUUAUAUCCUGGCUUCAAUGGCAGUAGAUCACUAUGUGCCCAUUUGUAGCCCUCUUCAUUACAGUAUCGGAAUGUCCAAGAACAUUUGUAGGUCUUUAGUCACAGUCCCUUAUACUUAUGGCUUCCUUAAUGGCCUCUCUCAGACACUGUUGACUUUUCACUUAUCUUUCUGUGGUUCCCUUGAAAUCAAUCAUUUCUACUGUGCUGAUCCUCCUCUUCUAAUGUUGGCCUUCUCUGACACCUCUGUCAAAAAGAUGGCAAUCCAAGAAAAUACAAUGUUAAAGAAAAACUACACACCUGUGACUGAGUUUAUUCUCCUGGGACUGACAGAUCGAGCUGAGUUGCAACCUGUCCUUUUUGUGGUAUUCCUACUGAUCUAUCUUAUCACAGUAAUAGGCAAUGUGACCAUGAUUUUGUUAAUCAGAAGUGACUCAAAACUUGAUACUCCAAUGUAUUUCUUCCUCAGUCACCUCUCCUUAGUAGAUGUCUGUUAUUCCACUACUGUCACUCCUCAGAUGCUAGUUAAUUUCUUAUCCAAGAGAAAAACCAUUUCCUUCACCAGUUGUUUGAUGCAAUUCCAUUUUAUUUCCCUGGUGAUCACUGACUAUUCUAUCCUUGCAGUAAUGGCUUAUGACCACUACAUGGCCAUCUGUAAGCCUUUGUUAUAUGGGAGUAAAAUGUCCAGACGUACCUGCUUCUCUCUGGUUCCUGCUCCCUAUAUUUAUGGCUUUGCCAAUGGUCUGGCCCAGACCAUCCUGAUGCUUUGUCUGUCCUUCUGUGGACCCAAUGAGAUCAACCACUUUUACUGUGCAGACCUCACUUGUUCUCUUACCAUCAUCCUUGUCUCUUAUAUGUUCAUCUUCACAGCCAUCCUGGACAUCCACUCAACUGAGGGGUGGCACAAAGCCUUCUCUACCUGUGGGUCCCAUCUGAUGUCUGUCACCAUCUUUUAUGGAACUCUGUUCUGCAUGCAUUUGAGGCCCCCUUCUGAUACAUCUGUAGAAGAGGGCAAAAUUGCAGCUGUUUUUUAUAUCUUUGUGAGUCCUAUGUUAAAUCCUUUUAUCUAUAGCCUGAGGAACAAAGAUGUUAAAGAGUAA